CAAGCAUUUCCCAAAUCACCCAGGGUCAUGAAAGAAGGAUGUGAAUCAGGGUUUUCCUGGGACCUGAAUGAGGAACUUGUGAACUUCCCCUCGCUCUGAGUCUGUGUGGAGGAUUCUCGGUCUGACAGGGGUUCUGAUGAGUUCCUCUGGGUUCAGCUCUUUGUCGUGUGGCUCCUCCGUGCUCACAGGGAAGGAGGAUUUCUGAGGAUCUGUGGACCCUGAGGCCUCAGUCAUGCCUCUGGACGGUGCGUUCACGGCCCUCCUCGUCCUGAUCGGCGGAGUUUCUGCUGGCAUCGUUCCUCCUCCGACAGGCUUGACUGUGAGCUGUGAAAACUUGAACGUGACGGCGCGAUGGAGAUACCUCAGACAGGACCCCAACACCCGGUUCAGGCUGCACAUCAGCGGGGAUGCUUGGGAUUAUACGAACGAAACCAGCGAUCACCACUAUGACCUGACUCCCUUCGUCUGGAAGUCUGAAGAGCAUUACAUGGGAGUCCAUUCAGUGAAUGUGACAGCCAUACUGGGAGAAAACCAGUCCCGACCAGUAGCGUCUGGCACCUUCACCUUUAACGAUCUCCGGACGGCUAAUAUCAAAUGUCAGUUGGCGUUCCCUCCUGUGGACCUGAAAGUGGACGACCUAGAAGCCACUGUGACUUUUACAAAUCCUUUCCACUUCUACCCAGAGCUGAAGCUGGUCAAGAAGCCCUAUUUUGAAUUUUGGGUCACCACUGUGAAUGGUGAAAAGCGAGGAGAAUGCUUGGAGCGUCAGAAAACCUGCCUACUCGGCUUCUUGCUUCCUGAGGAUGAGGAUCAGUGCGUUACUCUGAAGGGGCGGUUGUACAAUGGGAUAGUUCACUUCUUGGUGUUCAAUGAGACAGGCUCCAUCUGUCUUGAUACGCCAGCUGAUUUCCAUGGGAUCCUGCUCAUCUUUCUGCUGUUGGGGGUUUUCAUCGUAGUCAGCGUAAUAACAGCGUGCAUCUGUCUCACAAAGUCCUGGACAUUUAAGAAGGAAGAACCAGGUCUGCCAACGUCGCUGAAUCCUCCCGCAGACUUGAAAAAGCAGUUCUUCACCCAGAAGGAAGAGGACUACAGCGCUGUCGUGCUGAUUGAAAACACACCGAUGAAGAGCUCGUCGAUGAGCUCCGAGGAUGGCGGGCUGCCGGCCAGUGGAGACGAAUCUGAAGCCGAGGGUCUUCUAGGAUCAGUCGGACCUUACGCAGACGGAAAUUGUUUAGAAAACAGCGACCAGCAGCUGGAGCCAGGAGACAGCAGGGAGGACAACUCAGGAGAUGACUCGGUGAAAACGGAGAUUAUUCUGAUCGAUGUGGAGGAGGGGGGAGAAGAAGACAAGAGGGAGGAGAAGGAAGAGAAGGAGAACGUGGACUGGUUAUGGGAGGGUGAGGGCAGGGAGGAGGAGGAGGAGGAGGAGGAGGAGACGGAGAGAUCACCCUAUGACUCCCCUCACAAUCUGCCAAUAUACCAGAAAAGAUGAGACGAUGUUUUAGAGACCAUGUAUGGGUUAAACGUUUGGUAAAGGCGGAGUUAAGCUCAGGUAAUCCAGGACCUACAAUGAGGACACUCAGGGAGGCCGUGCCUCACUCAAAAAUCUCUGGACAGGAAGUCUGAGUGAUUCUAUAGAAACCAUUGACUAUAAGACAUGGACGUAGUCUCAGUUACACCACCCAUGGGUUUCUUUAGAGGAGUUCAGGAGAUUUUUACUCAAAUUCAGCAAGUUUUUAAAAGUUUUGAUUAUUUUUGUAAACUUAAGCCUUUAUGGUUUCUAUGAGUCUGGGGGAUGGGGACGAUCCUGUCUCCGGAUGUGUCUUGAAGUUAAGUUCUGUUUACGUUUGUGCCAACUGGCCACACCGGGACAAAAACAAGCUUCUUUGAGUCCUGAAAGUAGUGACACAUUUGGGUAAAAGGUUUCAAAUCUGGCAGAAACGCUGGAAGACACAGAUUAAAAAGCUCUGUUUAAAGUCUGGAGGGGCGGAGUCAGAUAAUGUCUGUUUCCACCAAGCGGUCUGGUUUGGUUCAGUCCAGUUUUCACAGUGAAUCAUGAUCUUUCUUGUGUUUCCACAACUGAUGUCAGUCCAGUCUCACUCAAACCCAUCUCUUUAGAAACUAGAUCGUUUGACUCAGCUCAGUCAUAAAAGCCGGUCUUUAGGCUCUUAAACAGCUUCUUUUAGCAGCAGUUUGGCUUUUUAAAUGUGGAUUAAAUGGAAGAGUGAAAAAUGGCUCUCAAUCAGGAGCCAGCGCCUGUCAUUCACAUUAAAGAGCUGACUUGUAGUUGUAGACUUGUUGUUCAUGAAUGACACAGUAUUCGUUUCAGACGCAUAUGAACGUCUUCCCUUAUGUUCGCGGUUCUUUGUUGGCAAUUUUUGGAGACGUGGGUGGAGCAGCGAGGGAGCAGUAAAAGUGAAUGUUAACGGUUUCUCUUGGCGCUCCUCGUCUUCAUCGAUAAUGAUGGUCUGCAGUCUUUGGCGAGCCCAGCUGUUAUGUUGACAAAUCCAGAUCUGCUGCACGCCACCAGUGUAGCCCGACGACCACAGCUUGAUCCGUCUCUAUGUUAGCAUCAAGAGCUACGUUACAGAUUCAACCGAGGAAGGCAGGAUUCAGUAUUGUAACGUAGCAACACUGAAUGCCCUGACAACGAGGUUACCACCGCUAUUAGCGCUAAAUAUGCCGACUAUGGACACAGGCUGUUAGAGCUGAUGAUGUAAUGAUGACGCAUAAUGUAACAAAAAUUUGUAAGGUAACAAAAAGUCAUAAUGUAACGAAAACUCAUAUUUUACCAAAAUGUAACAAAAACUUGAUGUAACAAAAAUGUUACAAAAACUCCUAGUGUAACAAAAAUGUAACGAAAAUUUGUAAUGUAACAAAAACUCAUGUAACAAAAAUGUAACAAAAAUUCAUAGUGUAAGAAAAAUGUAACAAAACUCAUGUAACACAAAUGUAAUGAAAAACUCAAAAUGUAGCAACAUACCAAGAUGUAACCAAAUGUUGCCUUUACAUUUUGUUACAUUAUCUACCAGUUGUUACAUGGUGAGUUUUGGUAACAUCUUUGUUGUUACAUCAUCAGCUUUUACACAUGCCCUGAAACUGUUGUCACUUCCUGUUUGAGUAAAACGCUGUCAGUGUGUGAUUAGAGACAGCACUAACCUGCUCUGUACUGUUUUUAAGUGUAGUGUAUCAACGUAUACUAACAGAAGUGUGAGAUUCGAGACGCUGCAUGUUAACAGGAUGAUCUCAUCCAAAAACAGGAAACCUGUAGUUGUGUUUUGGCCGUUUGUUUACACCAUGAUGAUGUUUUCUGUGCCUGGAAACAGAAAUAUGUUCCAGACUGCAAACUUAAAAAAAAAAAAAAAAAAUCCCCAUUUCUGUUGCCAUGUGGACUGAAGGUAUUAACAGAGAUUUUUUGCACACACUCCCGUCGGUAUCCAUGUCUGAGUAGUUGGACUACAAAAAUGGCGGCCCUCUGAGUUGUGUUUGUGCUGCUGACCCACCUCAUCGUCCACACUGAUGGUGGUGUGUCGGCCAUAUUUAAUGUUUACACCUCACCGCUCAGUAGGAGGAAGAGGAGGCGAGUAUGCAUGUUCCAUUAGAAGUCACACUGCCAACUAGUGGUCUGGCAUUCGUACAGCAGCAUUUAGAGUCUGUGGAUCACUUCUGGCUAAACUUGAAAAGCGACUCUGUUGUCAGUGGAUCACAGCCUCAGCUGCAAAACUGAAGUGUUUUAUCAGAUGCAGCUCUGCAGAUUAACUGUGUGAAAAGCAACUAAACCAAAGAAAUAAGCACAUGAAAUGUUUGUCAGCAUUUUUAUCAGCUAUUUUGUAGGUUGAACCAGGGCAUUAACUGUUUUCUGAGACGUCCUUGUUUUUUUAUCUUUGUGAUAUGUUUUACUUCCAGCCUGUGUGUUAAAGCCGGUGCUUUUAUUACAGCCUGUAUGAAUUAUUUAGUUUUAUUAUCAGAGAAACAAGCAAACCAAGCGCUCAGUUAGAAUCACUCCUCAGUCUCUGAUCGUCUGGUUGUUGUCUGUAUUUUUAUCUUGUGUUGUUCAUUUUAUCAGUUUUGGUUCCUUUCUCCCAGGUUUGGAGAAAUCAUUGACAUUUUUCUGCCUCUCUCUUACAACAGAUUUAGACAUGUUAAUUUUUAAAGGUUUUAUUAAGACUCAACAUGAAGAACAUAAAGAAAUUGUGAAUAUAUUUUAAAUUAAAUCAAACAAUCUAAAACCCACUUUGAGUAGACCCUACCGAUUCUGAGCUCAGCAGUCUUAAGCGCUGAGGACCAGACUCACGCUGACAGCCAACAGAAAGUAGUUUUAGAGAGACUGGUCAUAGCGUGGUGUGGAUAUUCCAGAUGAAAGAAGGAAGCACAUUUAUGCAAAGAUGGCACAAUGGUUGAGUCUUUUACUUCAGUGUUUCUGGUGAUAAAUCAGAGGACAAUCUCUCAGACCUGUGAGGGAAAUCCCACCGAGAUAUUUGAUAUUUAAGUGGCCCUAGUCGUUAACAGGUCUAGGAGCUUUGGUUCCUAGUUGUUCCGAGUUUGUCCUGGACUUUCCCCUCCUGGCAGCACACACGUAGGUGUUAUAAAUACCUUUCACAGGUACAGCUCAGUCUUACCACUCAUGCACAAUUCCUGCUGUCAGACUAGUAAAACAGGCUGGGAGUGUUUGUCUCAUGUUUAUGUUCUUUAACACGCAAUUGUUGUUGUAUGAGGCUGGUUUUGUUUAUUUUUUUACAGACAAGAAUAAACUGAGGAAUGAUUGCUGAUUUUAUCCAGUACACUGAUUUAUUCAGUCUUUAGACCAGAAUGCCUUUGGUUUAGUCCAGUGAUAAUCAACGUGUGGCUCUUUUAUGUGUUAAUUUAAAAUAUGAAUCCCCCAGAAAACCUUAAAUCAUCUACUGCAAGUCACAGUUUGUUUCCCACACUUGUACAGGAGCCUCCAACUGUCAAACUUAAUUGUCAACCUUUAUUGUCAUUAUAUUUUCUUUGCUGUUUUUUGCAAUUUUUUGCCCCUUUUUUCUUUAUUCCACCUUCAAUCCAUGUUUACCUUUGCCCUUACUUGCAAUUUUUUUGCCCCUUUCAAUCCAUUUUUACUGCUUUAAACCCAUAUUUUGCAACUUCUUUUUCCAA